GCCAUUUCCCCUGGCAGAUAGUUUUUUCCUCAAUCCCUUGGGGAUCGUACAACUCGGUUUCUCAGGUUCAGUCAUAAAUCAGCUUUUUUUUGCCGUCCAAAUAGGAGGAUAAGACGUCAGGUUGUCUGUCUGAAGGUUGUCGCAGCUAACUAUCACAAUGGCAGACAACUCCAACACAAACCUUAUCAUAAACUACCUGCCGCAGACCCUGUCAGAUGAAGAGUUCCGGUCCAUGUUCCUCAGUAUCGGUCCAAUCAAGUCCUGCAAGAUCGUCCGCGACAAGUCAUCUGGCUACAGCUAUGGCUUUGGUUUCAUCGACUACGAAGAUGAAGACGAUGCACAACGCGCCAUUAAAACAUUGAAUGGGCUGCAGAUGCAGAACAAAAAGAUCAAAGUUGCUUUGGCUCGACAUGGAGGCGACGCCAUCAAGGGUGCGAACCUCUACGUACGGAACCUCCCCAGGGAAUGGAGAGAGGAGGAGGUGCAUUCUUACUUCGAGCCUUACGGCAAGAUCAUCCAGACACGAGUUUUGGUUGAUCCCAAUACGGGUGUGUCCAAAAGGGUAGGCUUUGUUCUGUAUGACACAAGAUCAGAGGCAGACGCAGCAUGUAGUGCUCUUGGGGGUAAGAACCCACCAGGUUCAAAUGAGGCCUUACUUGUUAAAUUUGCUGAUGAUAAUGCAAAGAAGCUCCGCCCACCCCCCGGGUACCAGCAGCAUCAAUCCCACCAUCAUUCUGCCGGCUACAGCAAUCGCUUUCCCUCCCCUGGACCCAUGCGCAACCAACGGAACCGUUUCCACUUCAACCCCAUGGGCCAAGGUCAUCCAGGUCAAGGUCCUUACAGCCAGGCUGGGGGUCACAUCCUGUUCGUUUACAACAUUGGGACUGAUGCUGAUGAAAAGCUUCUGUGGCAGUUGUUUGCCCCAUGUGGAACUGUGCAGAAAGUGAACGUUAUUAUGGACACAGGGAAGGGUUGUUGUAAAGGUUAUGGGUUUGUCACCAUGACAAACUACGAGGAAGCUGAGUAUGCCAUAGAGUGCUACAACGGUUACUGGCUCAAAGGUCGUCAGCUGCAGGUGUCCUUCAAGAACUAAGUGACCGGUCUCCUGAUGGUCAAAUAGCUUUACGAACCAUGCAUAAAGACUUGCUGUUACUUCACUGUUAUUCUUAUGUUUUGGACAAUCAAUCAUGCCAAAUGUUAACAUUGAGGAUGAAUUUACUUGUGAACUAAAUCAUAUUCAAUGUGUAAUACUGUAUUCAACGUAUGAAGUGCCAAUAGUCAUGACAAAUAGGGUGGACACUCAGAAAAGAGGACUUAAUCCUUUGUUUAAGCUAUGAAAGGAUCUGAGUAUUUCAUUGCAGUACGAUAAAUAAUAGGACAUUUCUGCCUGUUUAUCUUAACAUGUUAAAGGGACUAUUUUGUUCAAAAGCGGUGUUGGGUAGCCCAGUGGUUAUAGUGUUCGCUUAACAUGUUAUUCACAGGUUUGAUAAGGAUUGAUCAUUGCAGAGAUCACUAGGGGGAGCUCUAGUAACAAUCUUGACUGACUACUUGUUUUAUCAUUGUUGGCAUUGCUCAUUAUAUUGAUGGAACAAACAUUUAAUCUCCAUUCUCACUUUCUGUUGAGAAAAGCUGGUGGCAAUUUAUACAUUGAAUACGGUAUAGCGCAGUAUGUGAGUUGAGAGAAACUGUUUCGUUUUUUUCAUGUUUAUUGCCUUUAUUGGAAAAUGGUUCCAAGUAUUUUUUUCUGUUUCACUGUUUCAUUGUGUAUAUGUGGGCAUUAUCUGUUUCUUUUAAGGGAGAUCUUAUUUUCCUAAUGAGAUUAAUCAACACUUAUUAGUUCAAGAUGAUCAAUUAACCUUUUAUUAGAUUUCAUUUGAGAGUAACUACUUAUGUUAUUCUUGCUGGACAAUAAUUCAAUUUAUUUUCUCCCUUUGUGUUUACCCUAUAUAGUUGUGUGUGAUUAUGGGCGGUGUAUUGAUUCUGUGAUUACAUUUCUUGUCCCUCUCUUGGUGUUAUGGCUUGACUGCUGCAUUUAAAAGAAAUUCGUCGCCAUCUGUGGUAAAAACGUGUUGUGGUUUUGACUUAUUUG